AUGGCUGGCUUCUCCUCAGCAUCCCACCUUCUCCUCCAGUUGCUCCUACUUGCAGUGCUGCCUAGCCCUACCAGCAUAUUCACUUCCAAAUCUCUUGGCUUCUCCAUAGACCUCAUUCAUCGAGACUCAUCAGUCUCCCCUCUCUAUGACCUUUCAUUCACUCUAGCCCAACGAGCCAAACAGUUCGCUUUGCGCUCCAUGUUGCACUGCCGCCGCAUUGCUUCACUAUUUGCCAAAACCACCAGCAUGAUCUCUAGCCCCGUGAUGCCCGGCUCCGGUGAGUAUCUCAUGAAACUCUCACUUGGUACACCAUCCCCCCUCUACUGGGCCACCCUCGACACUGGUAGCGACCUCAUAUGGACGACAUGCUGCACUGUGACUCCUGCUCCAGCCAAACAUCAAUGUUUGAUCCAUUUCAGUCGUCUACCUACAAGAGCCAAAGCUGAUCCACCAGCUCUUCCAUGA